AUGUCCGACGCGGAACUGACGCACAAGGAGCGGCGCAAGGCGCGCAAGGCCGAGCGUGCGCUCGCGCGCGAGAAUGAAGAUCCGCCGAAAAAGAAGCGUAGUGCUCCAGAGGCUGUUGAAGCCGAGGCGCCUACUGAAGAGCCCGCCGCAGAGCCCACCGAGCCCACCGAGCCCGCCGAGCCGGAAGAGGAACCGCUCUCGCACAAGGAGCGCCGCAAGCGGCGCAAGAUGGAAAAGAUGGAGGAGCGUGUCGAGCAAAGUGAAGAGCGCGACCACAGCUCUGCGCCGCCCGGCCGCCCCCAGCGCAGCCCGUAUAGUGUGUGGAUCGGCAACCUGGCCUUUUCUACGACGCAAGAGCUGCUCACCAAGUGGCUUGAGGAGCAUGAUAUCCAAGGAAUUAGCCGCGUGCACAUGCCGCAAGGCGCGCGCAAGUUUGAAUACAACAAAGGCUUUGCGUACGUCGACCUCCCCUCUCCCGAGCAAGUCGAGGCGUGCAUGGCGCUUUCCGAGCAGCAGCUCAGCGGCCGUCGCCUGCUCAUCAAGAGCGGCAGCGACUAUACUGGCCGCCCCGGGCUGGACCUGGCGGCGGCCGCUGCGGGCGCGAGUACGUCGGGCGGCCGUACCGGCCUGACGAAAACUGCGCAAAAGGUCUUGCACGCGCAGCGCAAUCCCGCUGCGCCGACGCUCUUUAUGGGCAAUCUGAGCUUUGAGACGACCGAGGAGGCGAUCCGCGAGCUUUUUGACGGCUCCGCGCAGCGCCGCUACCUGCAGGACCACGAGGACGACGAAGAGGACGAAAAAGACCUCGACCCCCCCGGUGCCGGCAUCAAGAAGAUCCGCAUGGGCACCUUUGAAGAUACCGGCAAGUGCAAAGGCUUUGCGUUUAUCGACUUUGAGUCUAUUGCGCAGGCUACCCAGGCGCUGAUCGAGCCCCGCAACGGACGCCUGCUCGGACGUACGCUCCAGAUCGAGUACGCCGGCGUGGAUGCCGUGCGGCGCGGCGCCUCGCGGAACCUGCUCCCCGACUAUGUCCCUACCCCCCGCCGCCGCCGCCGCGACUUUGCCGCCGCCGCGGAGGCCGCUCCGGAGUCCGCUGUCGAGUCGGCCGAAGAGCCUACUUCGGAAUCGACCGCCGGAUCGUGGCCCAAGCGUGAUCACGCCUUGCCGUCGCAAAAGGAAGCGGCCCCUGAAGAGCGUUCGCGUCGUGACCGGUUCAAGACGCGCGGUGCGCCCCGGGUGCGUCCAGGUGCAGCAAAUGCGAACGCGGCGCGUCAACAGUACACCAUUGUCCCCUCGCAGGGCACGCGCGUGACGUUUGAUGGGUCGCAUACUCCCUCGACCCGGGCGUCGUACCAGACGCAGUCCGGCGCGACGAGCACCAGUGAUGACGAAGAGGCGCUGACGGGCACCGGGAGUUCAUCGGGCGAUCGCCGCGCCACAUCGCGCACGUCGUGUUCGCGCUCGCCGGCGUCGGUGCAAUUUUCGCCGGAACAAAUGCACAGUACGCUACCUGCGCCGCACGAGCUGCGGUCUGCAUUCGCAUCGCAUGGUGGGGGUGACAAUGGACCGACAGCCAAACUCCGCCGAUCGCACAGCAUCAGCUACGGUCUCUUGAAGCUGGCGCACAUCGAGAUCGAGGAGUUCCCCUUGGGCCCCAAGAAGGGCAUGCGCCGCAAUUCGGUGUCGGGCGCACCGCGCGACACGCUGCCGCAUGCUGCGCAAUCCGAGUCUCCGCUGAUCGAAAGCAGCACUGGGAUUAUGACGAGUGAGGAGCAAGAUGUCCUUACUGGACUCCAGACGGCGCUCGAUGCGCACGACACGAACAAGAUCCAGUCGUCGAUCGAGUCUUUCCUGAAGCUCGACCCGACCAAGCGCACGCUCGUCGGCUUCAACAACAUACUCAGCGCGCUGCGCCGUGCGGGAUCGCUUGCAUCGAGCAUGCUGCGUAUUUAUCGUGAGAUGCAGGCCCACGGGCCGCCGCCCAACGCCACGACCUAUGUUGUGCUCAUUGACGCACUCUGCACACGCGAUAUGGAGCUGCACACGAACCCCAGCGACCGUACGGUGCUGCCCGAGGGAAGCGAGGACGACUUUUUGGUUGCAGCCCUGACGCUGGCGCAGGCCGCGCACGCAAUGCACCUGUCGCUGCCGAGUACGGCGGCGUACAACAUGCUGCUGCAAUGCUGCGCGAUGCGCGGGAAGACACGGGAGGCGGUCGAAGUGCUUGCUUUGCUGGAAGAAAACGUGCUAAUGACCAAGGAUGCCGACUCGUUUCGCCUUCUCAUCCAAGUCUUUGCGCACGAUACAGAACUGGCGCGCGAAGACGAGACCGAGACACAGCAGCAGUCCCGUCGCAUAAAGGCGUGUAUCGAAGUGUUUGAGACCUUUGAGCGCGUCGCGAGCGCCUUGGCCAUCAUCCAGCCGGGCACCGAGGCGUUCAGCAAGCCGCGCUGCCAGCGCGUGUGGGCGACGAUGCUCGACGCUCACUUUACGCUCGGCGACGCUGCAGGCGCCGUGUCCCUCUUUGAGCGCUUGAUCGCUGCGCAGCCCUAUGGGAUGUCCACGCCGCCGGUCGACGAGCAGAUCAUCUCGACAAUGGUGCUCGGCUUUGUGCGCGCCGGCGACAUCCGCUCGGCUGUCGAGUGGCUGCACCAUCUGCAAGACUCGGAGCUGCCACAACCCUCGGUCCAGGCGCUGGAAGGCGUGCUGGCCGCGGUGAUGCAGCAACCGCCGACCGAGGCGGCGCACUACCUAAACCCGGUCGGCGAGGCGCUGCUCGCGCGCCCCGUGCUUCUUUUGCCGAUCGCGGCCAAGUGCCUGCUGCACCUCGCGACCGUGCUGGAGAAGCGCAAGGUGUGGAAGCAGCUGUCGGACGACGAGAUCAAGCCGUGCCUCGACACGCUGCGCCGCCUCGCAGACAAGAUCUUUUCGACGUACUCGGACAAAAAGCCGCUCAAGACCAAGCAGCAGACGGUGCCGGUAGCUGCGAUUUUGCGCCUCAUUGGGCAGCUCACCUUUGUGGGCCGCCCCGGCGACGCAGCGGCCUUCUUCCGCCUUGCGGUGCUUGCGCUGCGCCACGCGGACACGACCGCUCCGUGCUGUGUCGCGCUGCUGUGUGACGCGUGCCAUUUGCCGAUGGCGAUUGCCGAUGCCGCGCUGCAGCAGCCGCACACGCUCAGCGAUGCGUGCGUGCGCCUGACGGCCAUGGUGACGCUCGUUGCGCCUGCGCUCGAAGGCAUGCGUGGCUCGCUGCUCGACGGCUACUACGCCUCGCUUACGCACCUGUACGAGGCGGCAAGCCGCGACCUGAACGGCGACAUGAGCGCGCUUGCGCUCAGCGAGGGUGCAUGGCGCAGUAUCACGGACGCGUUCUGUGCCGAGGAGCUCGCUGCGACCCAUAUCGACACGCCAACGACCUCGACUGGCCUCGGAAAGCUGCUUGCGGAGCUCGCGCAGCUGCCGGUGAACGCGCCGCGCGGCGCCGCACGGCGCCCGAUGCUGGACGUGGCGCGCCUCUCGACACUGCUGCGCAACAAGUACGGCGAAGAAGGCCUCGUGCUGCUGCAUGCGUGGCUCUCGCCCGACGAUCCUGCGGCGGCUGCGCCGGCCAAGAGCGGUCCGAAGCACACCAAGACCACGAGCGAGGGCAAGUCGGUGGCGGCCGAGGCGGUGGCGGCGCCCCACGCGCUGCAUGCGUACAUUGAAGGCGUGCACUCGCCAAACUUGCCGGCGGUGCGCAAUCUCGAUGGCGCGCUUGGCGGUGCGCUGCAGAGCCUUGCGCGUGCGCACGGCCAGCUGCAGGCGGACGAGCUCUAUGCGCGUCUCAAGUCGAGCGUCGGCCGCGGGACGUAUGCGGCGCCCGGCGCGCUGGCUGUGCUUAUCAACGCGUUUGGGCGUAUGGGCCAGCUUGGGCGUAUCGACGAGCUGUAUGCCAUGGGCAUGCACGUCCUUGCCUCGCGUCCGAACGAGCACGAGUGGCGUGUGAGCCACUGGUUCCAGCUCGAGGACGGCAUGAUUACGGCCUUGUCGCAUGCCGGCGCCGGUGAGCGCGCGAAUGCACACCGUGAGCGCCUCGUUGCUGCGGGCCACGUCCCCAGUGCGAGUGCGUACGCGGCACUGAUCGCCACGAUCCAGGAGCGCACCGACGACGCGGUCGUUGCCGAGGAGCUCUUUGGCGAGUCGCAGCGUCUCGGUGUGCGCCCCACGACCUACUUGUACAACACGGUGAUUUCCAAGCUUUCGCGCGCGCGCAAGGCCGAGCAGGCGCUGCGUCUCUUUGACGCGAUGCGCAGCGCGAACCUGCGCCCCAGCAGCGUGACGUACGGUGCGGCGAUCAAUGCGUGUGUGCGUACCGGCGACGAGGCGCGUGCGACGCAGCUCUUUGCCGAGAUGGAGUCGCAGCAGACCUUCCAGCCACGCGUGCCGCCGUACAAUACCAUGAUCCAGUACUACGUGCACAGCUGCAUGGACCGCGACAAGGCGCUGCACUACUACGAAAAGAUGCAGCAGGCCGGCGUGCGUCCCAGUGCGCACACGUACAAGCUGCUACUCGACGUCUGGGGCUCGAUUGCCCCCGUGCAGCCCGAGCGGCAGCAGGCGGUGUUUGCGCGCCUUGUCGCCGACCGGCUGGUCGGCGUGCAAGGCACGCACUGGGCGUCGCUGCUGCAUACCCAAGGCACUGUCCUCCACGACCUGGACCGUGCGCUAGAGACGUUUGAGUCGAUCGCGGAGCACGCGCCCGCGGGCCCCCGCAACGGGAUCAGCACGGUGCCGGACGCGGUGGUCUACGAGUCGCUCUUUUCCGUGUUUGUCGCGCACGGACGUACGGAUCUCAUGCCGGCGUACCUCGCGCGCAUGGUCUCGCAAGGCAUUCUGCCCACGGCGUACAUUGCGAACCUGCUGAUCAAGGGCUACGCGCAGGACGGCCCGCUCGGCCUCGUCGAGGCCCGCCGCGUCUUUGACGCGAUGAUCGACCCGCCGGCCGGCAUUGCCGCCGCCGGCAACCACCUGCCCCGCCACCACGGCGCGGGCGCGCUGGGCAUGCGCCGCGAACGUGUCGGCCACGGCUCGCGCGGCCAUGCCGUCGACCGCGCUAAUGUCCUUGGUGCGCUCGUGAACCGCGAGCCAAGCACGUACGAGGCAAUGAUCCGUGCCGAGCUCUCGUACGGCCACCAGGACCGUGCGUCGGCGCUCUUUGAAAAAAUGAAGGCGCGCGCCUUCCCCGUGGCACUGAUUCACCGCGCUCGCGCGUUGUUUGACCAUGUGGGGCCGCGCGCCACCGCCUAA